AUUUCCGUCGAAGGCUUUGUUUUGGGUUUGCGCGCGCGUGCUUUUUCCCACCCCCCCUUCGGUCUGAGUGUACAUCCGGGUAUUCCUGAGUCGGCGGCGUGGUUGGUCGGCGGCAGAGGCGGCGGUUGAGGAGGACUAGAGUGGCUGAGAGCCGGCCGGAGAUAUCACCUCAGCUGUAGCACUACUGAAACAAAAUAUGGAAUGGAUUUCACUUGUGACCGAAUCCAGCCAAACAAACAGUAUUGACAUUAGCUUGAAAAUCACCAGUUAGCAGUUUCUUCACGCUGCAACACUGCACAGCACUUUCCAGAGAGAACUCAUUGUCUGCUUUACAAAUCUCUCUUCGUGACCUCAGUUUUGUCUAAUUAUACACUUACAAAGGAGAAACAUCUACAAGAGAACCCAGGAAAAUGGCGUUGGAUGAAUAUCUGUGGAUGGUCAUUGUUGGUUUUAUUAUUGCUUUUAUCUUAGCAUUCUCAGUUGGGGCAAAUGAUGUUGCCAAUUCUUUUGGUACGGCUGUGGGUUCUGGUGUGGUGACUCUGCGCCAGGCCUGUAUUCUCGCUUCAAUAUUUGAAACUACUGGUUCAGUGCUGCUAGGAGCAAAAGUAGGCGAAACUAUUCGUAAAGGUAUAAUAGAUGUGAACCUGUACAACUCCACUGUGGAUCUACUGAUGGCAGGAGAAGUCAGUGCAAUGGUUGGAUCUGCUGUUUGGCAGCUGAUAGCAUCUUUCUUGAAACUCCCAAUAUCUGGAACACACUGCAUUGUUGGUGCUACCAUUGGAUUCUCGUUAGUUGCAAUUGGUACAAAAGGAGUCCAGUGGAUGGAACUUGUCAAGAUUGUUGCUUCUUGGUUUAUCUCCCCUCUUUUAUCUGGUAUGAUGUCUGGUGUUCUGUUUCUGCUGAUUAGAUACUUCAUCUUAAACAAGGAUGACCCUGUACCCAAUGGUCUUCGUGCCCUUCCAGUGUUCUAUGCUGCUACAAUAACAAUUAAUGUGUUCUCUAUAAUGUAUACAGGUGCCCCAGUCCUAGGAAUCACUCUUCCUGUGUGGGCAAUAGCACUAAUAUCAAUUGGUGUAUCACUUGUAAUUGCUGCCUUAGUCUGGAUAUUUGUGUGUCCAUGGAUGAAAAGAAAAAUAGCAAGUCGAUUAAAGAAAGAAGGUGCAUUAUCAAAAAUAUCUGAUGAAAGCCUUGAUAAAAUCCAAGACGAAGAUCUGCCUGUCUUUAAAGAACUCCCUGGUGCCAAAGCAACUGAUGAAAGUACUAUUCCUCUCACUGGCUCUGGAACUGAAGAGGCUGGUGCAUCUGAUAGCAUAGCAAAUGGUAGCCAUCCACGUGUACCAUAUGGAAGAGCGUUUUCAAUGACACACAGUAUGGUGAAAUCUCCUGUUUCCAAUGGCACAUUUAAUUUUGAUGGCCACAUGAAGAGUGACAUUCAUGUAUAUCACACUGUGCACAAAGAUUCUGGAUUAUACAAAGACUUGCUACAUAAAAUACACCUAGACAGAGGUAAUGAUGAGAGGCCUACACAAGAAAAUAACUACAAGUUACUGCGGCGCAACAACAGUUACACCUGCUAUACAGCCGCCAUAUGUGGGAUGCCAGUGCAUUCAUCCUUCAAGGCUGUUGAUGUGUCAGCUGCAGAAGAUAGUGAAAAGCUAGUGACGGACACAGUUUCCUAUUCCAAAAAGAGAGUUCGUUAUGACAGCUACUCUAGCUACUGCAAUGCUGUGGCGGAAGCAGAAAUUGAAGCAGAGGAAGGUGGUGUGGAGAUGAAAUUGGCCUCUGAGUUAGUAAAUCCUGACCAUCCCCCAGAGGAUCCUGCAGAAGAUGAGAAAGAUGAAAGAGACUCCUCACAAGUCCACCUGCUCUUUCACUUUCUCCAAAUCCUUACAGCUUGUUUCGGAUCUUUUGCACAUGGUGGCAAUGAUGUUAGCAAUGCUAUUGGUCCUUUGGUAGCCCUCUGGCUUAUAUAUGACCAGGGUGGGGUAAUGCAAGAAGCUCCUACUCCAGUUUGGCUACUACUGUACGGAGGCGUUGGCAUCUGUGUAGGUCUUUGGGUCUGGGGACGAAGAGUGAUCCAAACAAUGGGGAAAGACCUCACUCCCAUCACCCCAUCAAGUGGAUUUUGCAUUGAAGUAAUGUGUGCGCUAACCGUACUUGUAGCAUCAAAUGUGGGUAUUCCAAUAAGCUCCACUCAUUGCAAGGUUGGUUCCGUGGUGGCAGUUGGCUGGAUACGCUCCAGGAAGGCUGUUGACUGGCAUCUCUUCCGCAAUAUCUUUCUAGCCUGGUUUGUGACAGUUCCUGUGGCUGGCUUAUUCAGUGCUGGCAUCAUGGCAAUUCUAAUGUAUGGUAUCCUGCCGUAUGUCUGACUUCGUUGUACCUUCCAGGAAAGAGGGGAGUCUUUCUUUGAAAUAAAAGACGCCAAGAUUUCUCCUUCAAGAGUGCUAAGCUCCCUAUUUAAACCAUACACUACAGUAAGAGCUAGCAGCCAGGAUGUAUCCUCAGUAUCUUUAACAUCUACUGUACAUAUCAUCAGUGUCAUUGGUUGACAUAACACGUGGUGCCGUUUUCUUAUGUAUUAAAGAAAUAUAUAUAUAUGCUUAUAGUAGGUAAAACUACCUUAAAUUAUAAGUGAGGUGAAAAUAAUUGCCUAGGAUUUAAUCUUUAGUCAAACUUGUACAUAUUGUAUCAUUUAGUGGCAAUUUUAAAAAUCUUUUAGAGAAGCUGAGAUGUUUGCCACUUUGAUAUAUGAUGAAUCAAGGUGCAAAAUGGGUGCAGUUUUUUUUAAAUGCUGUUUAAUGAUACUGGAGCGAAACAGAAGUACAUUGGCUAAAAUGUGGUUCAUAUCAUUGUUGUGUAUAAUACUGUAUGAACAUUGGUUUUAUAAAUACUUUUUAAAAAGUAGCUUUUUAACAGUGCAUUUCCCUGAUAUAUUUUGGAUAAGAAAGUUUAGAAAGUACCAAAGAAGGGGAAUAGCUUGUCAGUAUUACAUUAUAUGUCUCUCUGUGUGUAUGUGCUGUUUGUCUCCUCUUCAUGUAAGUUUCUAAUUAAAAUUAUUUUGUACCACCAGCCACCAGCAAAGCUGGGAUGAUAUCACUCCUGUUUACUGUAACUAGCAAAGUGUCGUCAUGUUACAGUCUAUAUAGCAAAUAUUAUCCACAUGGGGCUUAGUAAAAGUCCAGCUUUAUGUGUUAAAUCUCAAAUUCUCUUCAAGUAUACAUUCACCAUCCCGUGUAUAUUGAUCCAGUUCUGCUCCCAGAACAUCCAUCUAUCAGCAAGUUCAGGGAGCAAAAGAUGAGGAUGGAAGCCCUUUGUUUUGCUUCUCCUUUUGCCUCCAGUAAGUCUCAACUGUGCAGUGUCAGCUGGUGAAUGCUGGUGCCAUACACAUUGAUAGUGAUAUGCCCAGUGUCUAAAAAAGAAGGGAACAAAUUAGGCUCAUUUGAGGUGUUAAUCCAAUGUCAAUAAUUGAUGUUUGAAGUGGUUAUUAAAAUCGUUAUCAUACAAAAGAACAAAUGUAAGAGCCAACUCAGAUGCUAACCUUUAGCAGUGUGAGAUCUGCUGCAGCAUGAUCCUUCUUGCCUCCAAAUAAUACAGUAUCAGAUCUCUGAGGCUACCUUGGAAAAGUCUACAUUGCAGCUUCUUAUGUCAGCAUUGCUCCAGUUCAGUAGUGACAUGGGAAGAAGCUGUACUGUGGGUUGUCUGGUGAUACUGAGAACCUGAGAUGCUUUCAUGGACAACCAGAAAGCAUCACAGUGCCCUGCUAAAGGUAAUGCAGGCAGAAGCCCUAAAGUCUCUUUUUGAAGAGACAUUCUAGUUUCCUGUAAACUUCAUUAAAAACCGACACUACUGAAGAGACCUAGGCAGGUCUCUGGCCCUAGAACUGCAACUUGUAAUUUAUUGGGUAUGCAUCUGGUGAGAUCUUCUCCAGUAGCAUAAAAGGGUAGUAUUACCCAGCAGACAGCUGGUGGAAUCCAAUUCCUUCGUUUGCUAUGGUGACCUUAAACACAGGCUUCUGGGAAGUUCUGUUCAAUUUAUCUGGAUUUUUCAUACAGCACUAAUAGGUUUCCAUUGGGCUUAUGAAGGAGCUUUUCUUAGAGGACUGUGCUCCUUGACAUCUAAAGGCUUACUUAUUGUGAUAGCGCUCAUGUUGGAUUUACUGGAUUGAGUUUAAAGAAAGAGUGUUUGGAGGAGAAUGGUAACCUAGACUUUUGAAAUGCUGCUAAAAAUUUGAUACAUGAGCUUUCUUGGUACACUGUUGUGAUCCUUUUUCAUUGGUCAUUCAUUCUAAAUUUAUAAUAAAAUCAUAAAUUGCCCUAUAA